AUGCAAUACAUGUGCUCAUUGCCGAAGGAGCUUGAGUUGAAGGCGGAAAUGAAAUCGUCCAUCUUCAUUCUCUUCCGUCUCUUGUCCUCUCUUGUCCAUCUUGUACCUUUGUCUACCAGGUCGGGCGUUCUCCUAACCCACUCUGAGCAGCACCGUCGUCAUCAUCAUUAUCGUACAGAGCCUGCCUAUUGGCAGCGGCGUUCGGAAUAUCGGCGAGCUGAGUGUGCGGGUCCUCGUAGUAUGAUCGGCGAUAGGUUCGUUAGACGAGAGUCAGAAACCCAGAGGAAGAGCUCCGGGUGGCCGUUGGCACCGCUCUCGAAGCCAACGUCGUUGCAGACGAGCUGCUUGCUUUGUGCUCCCCUCCCUCAGUUCGUCGAAUGUUGUCCGCUCCUAGUUAGCGACGGCAAUGCGCAGGCCAUCCUUCGCCUUCGCGAGCCGCCUCUUCCGCUCGCCAAUGGCUUCUCGAGGAGCAUCGCGAAUCGAUCUCGUACCCGGUUCGACACGCGGACCACGAAUGCCCCAAGGACAUUCUCGCCCGGCCACCACGAGUGGCGCAACUUGUCCGGCAUCCACUUGUGCAGCAGCUGGUCUGCCGCAGUGCGCGCUAAUAGCUUAUGGUGUUGCUCGGCCGAAAGACGGGUGCGCGUCCAACGAAGAGAGAACUGGAAUGGUGAAGGGCUUCGGCAACUCGCAUGCGCGGAGCCCGGGCACUCCAUAUGGCUGUCGCAUGGAUACGAGGGCGAUGCUGGUGGAUUCCAGACGCUAGCGGCCGCUGCCCUUCCGCCCACCGACGACGUCGACCCAGACGAUUCUCCGCUGUCCGAUCCUCCCUUUCCCCGCCCGUUGAUCCUCGACGACAUUGACCUCGACGAUCUGACCAUUAGGGCUGGUGGCGAUAACAGAUUUGAUGCGAAACUCGGCAGCGCGACCGGCGGUGGGGGUGACAAGGAGAGAGGCCCGGUAGACCGCAAUUCGAGGACAAUGGCCGCCACCAACACCCUUCCGAGACCAUCUUCGCCGCAAGCCCGUGUUCCUUCGACUCGAUUCACCGCUCACAUCCAAACAUUCAUGCCGGAUAUCGUCAGAAUGACAAAUGCACGUCGUCGGGCAACGGCUGUCCGCACCGAGGCCAUCAGCGCAGAUGCAGCUGCACGCACAAUUGAGCGGGACAUCGAGCAUCGCACGGGUUUUGCUCGCGCACAGCUAGAAGGCGAGAUAUCUACGCUUGGGGAGAAGUUGUCGAUGGCCAACAACUUCAGGGAGCUCCUUCAGCGACAGCGUGCUGAGCCGGAUGCGACAAUGAGCACCGCGCCCAUCGAGAUUACCGCGACAUAUGUGCCCGGCACACGACUUCUCGAGACCACGGAAAACUACAUCGUCCAAUACACGAGCCGCAAGGACACGCUCUGCGACGCGGAACGGAAGCUCGCGGAGGCGACCCAGGCCGCAGAGACGAAAAAGGCCGCUGCUGAGAAGGAGGAAAGCGGGGUGGCAGGCAUGCAGGCGGAGCUUCUGGGGUUGAUGGACUUCUUGAGGGACAUGAUUCUGGGGAGAAGUUCCAUCGGACGUAGGGUGCACCGGGGCGAGGCGAGGCGCGGUUCAGCGCGGGGGCACACAACGGGCACGGUGAGAGAAGGGAGGCGAUGCGUGGUGCGAAGUGAUGCUCCGCCAUGAUAGGGUCGCAGAUUGGAAACAUGGCAAAUACUAUUGGGAACGGUGCCCCUCACUCAAGAAAGCACACUCAAUCGACGCAGGAUUCAAUGCGCUAUCAAAUAAAAUAUUUAUCUUGAGUGAGACGACGUCGUGGUGCUCGCUCAAGAAGCAAGCCUAUGCACCUGGCCAUCCCAUGCGCAAUCAAUCGAAAUAUUUAUCUUGAGUGAGGGACGGCGUUGUAGUUAUGGUUUUGCAGAGUAUCUGCAAUCGAAGCCACAGAUUUGUGCAUGAUAUGGAGGGAUGGAUAUUGGGAAAGGUGGCGCUUGCUUAAGAAAAGGGCAGAAUGUGGCUUUGUGAGAGGCGUUCUUACAAAUGAGGGGUUUCUUGAGUGAGGGACUGUGGGUUGUGUGUUGUGUUGGGGUGUGGUGCGAGAGUUGAACGUCGGGGGCGCAUCCACCAAACAUCAAAUUCCAAGUGC